UACGGAUCGCUUGGUUUGAUGACCUCUGUGCUUAUGUGCCCCGACGGACGUACAAUCGAAGCGGAAGCCGCACACGGCACAGUCACCCGACACUAUCGUGAGCAUCAGAAAGGCAAUCCGACUAGUACAAAUCCGAUUGCCAGUAUAUUUGCGUGGACCCGAGGUCUGGAGCAUCGGGGCAAAUUGGACAAAAAUCAGAAGCUGGUUGAAUUCUGCCACCAUUUGGAGAAAACAUGUAUUGAGACUGUCGAAUCCGGGAGCAUGACCAAGGAUUUAGCUAUCUGUAUCCACGGUGCUAAAAAUGUCAAACCGGAGCACUAUUUGAACACAAUGGAUUUCUUGGACGCAAUAGCCACGAGAUUGAAGAAACGUUUGGACUAA